AUUUUCUUUUCGCAGUUUACAAUAUCAUUGGUAAAAUCGAUAUGAUAUCAUGUAUGAGAAAAAAACUCGAAAGCCUAAAUUAUUAUUAUACCGUUCAAAAAACGCUUAACGAAAAGAAAUUACAAAAGGUCGAUAACAGAAACAAUAAAAAUAUACAAUUUUUAGAAAACGAAAAAGUUUUUUUGGAUGUGAACAUGAAUUAUAGGGAUAGACUUAAAAAAAAAUGUGGUCUAUCAAAUUAUGAAAUUCGAACAGAUGAUUUGUCUAAGUUUGAUGCAAUGCAUGACUUAUUUGUUUAUACAAUAAAUAGACUCCAACAAUUCUUUUCAAAUACCAUAUUAAGCACUCAAAAAAAAAAUUCACGAAUAACUGAAAAAGACCUAGUAGAUACCGGCAAAAUAACAAAAAUGAUACUCGAAUCAUGUCAAAGUAUAUCUUACAUUCUUGUUUUCUUUAAAGCAAAUAAGUUUAAAGAUGACUUGAAAAUAUUCAACGUGUAUUUUAUGUUCUGCUUCGACUUUACGGAAUACGCCAAUACGCGUUGCAUCAGUGCAUUUCACGGUACCCCACAUGCUAAGCAUUUCAAGGAAGAGAGAGUGAAUUGUUUAUGGGAGUCGGUGAAAAACCUUUGGACGUAUAAUAUAUUCGUUACAACCACUCAGGUCCCGAAAAUAAAAAACGACAAGUAUUUAAGAAAUAAAGAUUGUAUAUACUAUUACAGGAGCUAUCUAACGACCCUCUAUGAUAGCAUCAAACUAUAUGACAAAGAAAUUGGCGUAUGGACCACAUAUAGGUGGUUGAGCGGUAAAUAUUUUCUUACCGAAAAUUUUGAAAACGUAAAUAUGAAUGAGUUAAAAUUGAAAAAUAUAAAUAUUAAAAACGUUACUAUAAGUUUAUCAGUUGCGUAUCAUGCUAUAUUACCGUGGCAUUUGAACACGUUUCCAGUAGGCCUUCUCCAUAAUAUGAUAUUACAGCAUCUAGACAGAACGAUGAAUAUGUACGUUUACCGAUACGCGCUGAUUAUAGAUUUGUAUUUGAAGCGCACAAGUAGCAGAGUCAAUUCUCACAUUUUACAAAGCAUACGAGAUAGUGUUCGGUGGUAUACGGACGGGACAGAAUUGUUUUACAAAUAUCUUGAUUUACCUUUGUUCACUGAUAAAGACCCACAGAGUGAAUCCUUACCAUCUUUUGAAAUAAAAACUAUCAUUUCUAGAAUAAAACAUCUAGAUGAUAACGGUAAAAUAAGUAUCAACGACGUCAUUCCUAAAGACGUACAAGCCGAUUUAUUGAAGUGGUCCGAAACCGAACUUCCAGACAACGAAGACGAAAACCAUCGAUUCAACACAGCUAUAAAUACGAAUUGCAUGGACGCUAUGGACUACAUGAGUACAUUCAUUUCGAUCGCAGUGAAUUCUUUAGACAUAAAAUCCGAAUUCUAUCCUCCUUCUAUUACGUACACCGAAUACUGUCCGAAAAAUAUAUUUAAUGUUAAACCUGUCGAACACACCCAAAAGGGUAUUUAAACUUAGUACUUAUUUUAUUUUUUAGAAUUUAUACUUAUCUUUAGUUACGAGCUUAAAUCUUUAUUCACUGCGUAUUUUCAUAUAAAUUAUUAACAUUUUGAAUGUCUUGUAUACCUGAUUAUUGUUUGCAUCUAUAUCUUCCACAAAUGUAAUAUUAUAUCUUGAUAAAUCUAAUGAACGACGAAAAAUGUAUGUAAAUGUAUGUAAUUUUUUUAAUUAACCAAUGUCUUGAUAUCGGACAGCCGACACCGUCAACGUUACCGGUGAAACACACUCAGCGACGUCAUCCGCGCUCGCGCGUCUUGUCGGCCGGGUUACUUUCGAUUUCAGCACGUCCGCGCCGGCGGAUCAAUGAACCCAAUCCACGUUAGUUGUUCUCUUUCACCGUUGCCGAGUACCUGCGGUC